CCUCCGACCUCCGUGCAGAGGCAGUAGAUCUGAGACUGCUCCUGGUUGGGUGCUCUCAGCUCCUGGCAUCUGUGAGGAAGGAAGCAGAGAGCUAGCACUCUGUGCUGAGCCCGAGACAGGAUCCCAGUGUGUGGGGAGCCACAAUGCCAGCUGAGGGGACAGGAGUCAGGUUUUACCUGCUGCUGUUCCUCUCUGUGGCCACCAGAGGGCCGCGUGCAGCAGGGACACGUUCUGUUGAGAAGUUCUGGAAGGAGGAAACCUGUGAUCCUUACCUGUCAUUCCUUCCAAGAAGCUGCAAGGAAAUCAAAGAAAGAUGCCAUAAAGCAGGUGAUGGCCUGUAUCAACUCCGCACUGAGAAUGGUGUCGUCUACCAGACCUUCUGUGACAUGACCUCUGGGGGUGGUGGCUGGACCCUGGUGGCCAGCGUCCAUGAGAACAACAUGCGUGGGAAAUGCACGGUGGGCGAUCGCUGGUCCAGUCAGCAGGGCAACAGGGCUGACUACCCAGAGGGGGACGGCAACUGGGCCAAUUACAACACAUUUGGGUCUGCAGAGGCCGCCACCAGCGAUGACUACAAGAACCCUGGCUACUACGACAUUCAAGCUUGGGACCUGGGCAUCUGGCACGUGCCCAACAAGUCCCCUCUGCAGCACUGGAGGAAGAGCUCCCUGCUGAGGUACCACACCAACACGGGCUUCUUCCAGAGCCUGGGGCAUAAUCUGUUUGGACUCUACCAGAAAUACCCAGUGAAAUACGGAGCAGGGAAUUGCUUGACUGACAAUGGCCCAGCCAUUCCUGUUGACUAUGACUUUGGUGAUGCUAAGAAAACUGCAUCUUAUUACUCACCGGAUAGUCAGCGAGAAUUUGUUGCAGGAUUUGUCCAGUUCAGGGUGUUUAAUAAUGAGAGAGCAGCGAAUGCCCUGUGUGCUGGGGUGAGAGUCACUGGCUGCAACACUGAGCACGUGAGUCUGGGGAUGAUCCCUGGCUUGUGUGGGCGAGUGUGUGUGUGUGUGUGUGUGUUUGUGUGUGUGUGUACCUGUCUGGGAUGUUUCAUGGGGCUUGCGUUUUUACUCUUUUCUGGUAUUUUGAAGACAUACUUUUUAAAUUGUAGCUAUUAUUUUUUUAAUUGA